AGCCAAAAAUUGAUUUAAUGUCAUCAAAUAAUUCACUGAUUAUUAUUGAUGAUGAUCAUCAACGACAACAAAAAUGGCUUGAUACAACAAUGUCAAACAUGUUGCUAAAAACGUAUACCUAUUUAAGACAGCCAAAAAUUCUUCUUGAUUAUAAACGUGCCGUUCAAGAUACAAUAACACGUUGUCUAGCGAUGAUUAUGGAGGAAAAGUUUAAAAUAUUUCUAAUUGGUUCAUCAUUAACAUCAUUAGGUUCAAAUCGUUCGGAUAUUGAUCUUUGUAUGGUGAUCUAUGAUCGUCGUGGCCAGGUGGAUGAACGUUAUCAGAAUCGUGUUCAUGCUGAAUAUACACUUGGACGUAUACGUAAUAUACUUGAACGUUGUGGCCUGGCAUUUGAUUCAAAAGUAAUACGUGCAAAUGUACCAAUAUUAAAAUUUUAUGACCAUAAUCAUAUUGAAGUUAAUCUGAAUAUAAACAAAUUGGUCACCGUACAGAAUACCCUAUUAUUAAUGCAUUGUUGUUCAUUAGAUUCAAGAGUUGCACCGUUUUUAUUCACCAUAAAAUUAUGGGCACAAAAGAAUGGUAUUAAUUGUGCAUAUUUUAAAUCAUUAUCAUCAUAUGCAUUAUCAUUGAUGGCAAUAUUUUUCUUACAAAAUGUAUGUCAACCACCAAUUCUGCCAUCAUUUGAUCAGAUAUUAGAAUUGAUAAAACAAUCAACGAAAAUUUAUUCAAAUUUUCAUUCAAAUUCAAAUAACAACAACAAAACAAAUAAUCGAAAACAAUCAUCAUCAUCAUCAUCAGGAAAAAUCCACAGGAUUCAGUGUUACGACAAUUGUAUGUAACUACAUCGGCUGAUUAUUAUUAUCUACAACAACGACAUAAUAUUAAUGGUAAUGGUAAUAAUUAUCAACAGCAACAGAAUUUGAU